ACAAUCAUAUGGUAAAUUUUUCUUCAUCUGACGUUGGUUUGUCUCUGUCUUUUAGCGAUGGAAAAAUGUUUUACGCUGGAAUAUAUUUUGUUCUGCUGUUGAAGCUCUAUUCUGUUGCAGAUUCGGCAACGAAUAAAGAUAUUUGUUACCUGGAUCCAGACCUAGGUGGAUGCAAUACCUUCAACAUAAAGUACUUCUAUAAUCGCUUUACAGGAGAAUGCCAUGAAUUCGUCUUUGGAGGAUGUUUGGGAAAUAAUAACAACUUUGAAACACUUGAAGAAUGCCAAGAAUUUUGUGCAGGGUUUGCACUAGAAAAAACUUGUAACAAAAAAGGUGAAAGAGGACCCUGUGAUGGUUACUUGGUGAGGUAUUAUUACGACAAAGAAACUGACGAGUGCAAGAGUUUCAUCUAUGGAGGAUGCAGAGGAAAUACGAAUAACUUUCGAUUCCAGAAAGAAUGCAUGGAGACGUGUAGUAAAAUAAAAGAAUGAUUCGAAAUUUCAAAAUCCGGCACGUGAGAUUUUCAUCAAGAAAAAAGAUUUAAUGUGAUUCAUUUUCAUACUUUAAUAAGUAUCAUAACAACAUCUAACUAAUAAUAAUAAAAAAAAACUUUUAUCACUUGUAUUACUCAUUCCUAUACUUUUCUCCUAACAUUAUAAAAUGAAACACUCAAUCAUUGUUAUACCACAGGAUACAUUAUAUUAUUUUGUGCAAAAAUAAAUUAUAUUUCAGCGCAUA